AUGUUCCUGAGAAACGGCGAUGUCGAAAAGGAAACAGGGAAAGGGACCGAGAGAGCGGAGGCGGUUCGAGAGCUUGGGCGGUGGGUCGUGGGCCGAGAGGGUGCUAAGCAGCUGUGGAGAUUGUUGGAUGUGACUCGUGUUGUCGUCGACGUGUUGUUUACCGGUGGACUGGGGGUACAGGUCGUGAGUAACGCCGCCGGCGUGGCAGACAGAUCGUCAAAGAGCAAGACAGGGUUCGAAGACGAAUCGCUGUCACAAGGAGGAAGGACGGCCGAGCAACAAAAUGGAGCGAAGGAACUCGGCAUUGGCCGAAGCGAAGGGGAAAGCACAGGAGGGGCCUAA